AUGUACGAAAACUCGUUGGAAACAGCAACGAUGCAAAGAGCAAAAGCUAUCUUGUACUUAGAACAAAAACUGUCGUGUACAGUUUGGCGUCAGUAUUGUGAACACAUAAUGAAGGAGUGUAGCCCGGAGGUUUGUAGCCUUUCCGAGGACGUGUGCUUGGGGAGACGAGAUAAGAAACGAACUAAAGAAAAACUACUGCAGAGUGUCGAAGAAAUUAACGACGUCAUGAAUGACCGUUUCGGGCCGAAAGUCGGUACUGAAAUAUCAGAUAUGGAUAAGUUAUUAGCAGACGUUAAAAAAUUGAACGACAUUCUAGUUUCAAGAGGACAAGAGCAUAGUGCCAUCUUAACAAAGCCUGGUUCAAUCAACUUGAAUAUUAUUUUAGAUCAGGGAAACAGUCCGUGCCCAAGUCUAAAUGAUGUAGCAUUAAAAAGCGAAGAAUUAUUAAGUGCAAAAAUGCAGUGUGAUGCAAAACAAAGUUCUCAUGAGCCAAAGCUAGUGGACGUCAGUAAGCAAAAUAUUGAACUACACAGAAAUACUCAAAAUAUUUCCUCUACGAGUUCAUCGAUAUCGGAUGGUAGGAAUGAGGAAGCUAGCGCAGACAAUCAUAAGAUACAAAGGCAACUUGAUGUCAUCUUGAAUUUAAUGAAGGAAGCAAUAAAGAACGGAAAGUUGAAUUUUACCAUGAAUGGAAAAGCGCUUGUUACGAGAACGACAGAACAGAGAGAAUCGGUUGAACAUUUGCUUGUGGCUGAUAGUGAGAGUGAUCGAGUUCAAAAUAUGGCUAAUUGUGUAGAUAGGGCUAUGGAUACCCAAUCUAGCAAAGGCAUUAUGAAUCCAGCAUGCUCGCCAGUGCUCUCCCAGUUCGAAUGCGAGAAUGAUGAAACGCGUCAUAGUUCGUUGGAUCUAUACAUGUCAGAUGAAGUAAUCGUGGACACUCCCAUCCAGUCUCCAAAUCUUGUGAUGGUAGACCAGGCUACGAUUAAUUCUGAGCGCCUGAAUGCACGUUACGAUAGGAGCAGCUUUUUAUCCACAAGUAGCACAGACGGGAACACUACAUGCGAUGAGAAUGUGUACAGUUCUAGUCAAACAAGUGUUGUUUCAAUUUCACACAAUGCUGACCAAAGACUAUCGCCAAAUGAAGAAUCAAGCGAAGCCAGAAUCAAGCCAAAUCAAACCAAGAAGUCUCACAGACGACUUCAACCACCUAAAACACUUUUCCUCUGUUCAUCCGGAAGUAGCCACGGGGGCAGCUCUGAGUCGGAUGUUAGCAGCCAUGAAAGCAAAAGGAAAGAUCGGAAGGAAGUUGCAGGCAAUCGUCCAGAUUUUGUUUGCGAAGAUGGCGUUAGUACUAGCAGUCAAAGCACUGACAUUACUGAUCAAUCUUACGAUGACGACAGUCAAGUUAGUGGUGUUGGUCAUUAUGCCAGUGCUGAUGUUGGUAUUCCAGGCUAUAAUGCAAGCCCUGAGCGGGAUAGUUUAAUACCAAGUUCAAGACCCAAUGUCGUCCGAGGACCUCAUGUAAGAUGGGCUGAUACAGCUUCGGAACCAGGAAGCACUCCAUUCCUAAACAUCCUGGAAAUUUCAUCGCCAUCUGAUAAUUUCUCCGGUGAAAUUAUCAGACUGGAAAGUGACACAACAAGUGGCGAUGAUCAUGAGGGACAGUCGGGGUCCGAAAGGAAGACGAGACAACAAACUGAUGUAUAA